GGCGCAUUUCCACUCACAUAAACGUCCUUUUAUCGGCCUUUCUGCCAAAGUGGUGACCAGAACUGGCUCUUUUGGGUCCAACGAAGCGGACUCGGAGGCUUUAAAAAAGAAUAAUUACGCAUCGUUGGAUGGUUUAGCAGGUUGACUCUGUACCGCAACCACCUGCACUCUAUCAAGGCGACAAAAGCUGCAGCAUCACUCUACAUUCCCAGCGGACUGAGCCCGACUCUACAAAGGUGUAGCAAGAUGCUUGGUGGAUUGUCUUUGAAUGGACUGAAGUUCUUGCUGGCCCUGAUAAUUCUCCAAGUGGCAGGUUCAGGUUUAACCAAUGCUGACACUGUGGUGAAUAUGCGGAAGGUGACUCACCAGACCAUUACUGAAGAGCUGUCUAAAACAGUGCUGCUUCCCUGCCUCUUCACCCUUCGUCCAAGUGCGAGCUCAUUCCAGGAACCUCCCAGGAUCAAAUGGACCAAGGUUUGGGGUCAAAGAGGCUCAGAUGGCCUGCAAAAGGAGCAGUCGGUCCUGGUGGCCAAAGACAAUUUGGUCAAGGUAAAAAAGGCCUUCCAGGGUCGUGUAUCGCUGCCUGGAUACAGUAAGAACCGCUACAAUGCCAGUCUUGCGCUAACUGGCUUGCGUUCCAGCGACUCUGGCCUUUAUCGCUGUGAAGUUGUCGUUGGUAUCAAUGAUGAGCAGGACACUGUUCCCUUGGAGGUCACAGGCGUGGUGUUCCACUAUCGUGCCCCUCAUGACCGGUAUGCCUUGUCCUUUGCUGAUGCCAAAAGGGUGUGCCUAGAGAACUCAGCUGUUAUCGCAACACCUGGUCAGUUGCAAGCAACCUUUGCUGAUGGAUACGAGAACUGUGAUGCCGGCUGGCUCGCAGACCAGACCGUACGGUACCCAAUCCAGUCACCUCGACCAGGCUGCUAUGGUGAUCGGGAGGACUCACCUGGUGUUCGUAACUAUGGCAAUAGGGCUCCUGAAGAGCUGUUUGAUGUCUACUGCUUUGCAAAGAAGCUUCCAGGUGAAGUGUUCCACUCCACAGUGCCACAGAAGCUGAGCCUUUCCACAGCCUCCACCCACUGCCACUCUCUAGGAGCACAGCUGGCCACCGUUGGGCAGCUCUACUUGGCUUGGCAGGCUGGCCUAGACCAGUGUGAUCCCGGUUGGCUUGCAGACGGCAGCGUCCGCUACCCCAUCAACGUACCGCGGAAGAACUGUGGUGGAGACGAGCCAGGGGUGCGGACCAUCUACAACAACCCAAACCGUACCGGCUUCCCGGACACCACUGCCCAUUUCGACGCCUACUGUUACAGAGCCCAUCAUCCAGCAGCGAUUCAAGCCUCUGAGGCUAAAGGUUUGGACCAGACUGAGAGAAAAGUGUUGGACAUCUCGUCUUUAUUUGCUGAAGCCAAGAGAAGCGACCCCUCUGUCAGAACAUCUGUCCAUUCUGACAGGUUCGCCUUCAAUAGAACAGGAGCCCCCUCAUUUAGUAAGAGCAAUGACUCAUCUGACAUAUCUGAGGAGCAUGUUUUCAUUGACUUGAAAUCUGAGGAAAAUUGGGAUGAGAAGCACGAUGGACCCAGAAUCAGCCAGAUGGAUCCGGACGGUUCUGCUGAAACAGGUGGCAACGUCACUUCUAGCUUUCCUGACCUCGAAGCUGCAGAGAACCAUGUGGAAUCAGGAACCCCAGCAUCAUCCCCCUUGGCCUCUUCCACCCCCCAGCCUCAGGGAAGUUACAGUCUUCUCACUGAAUUUGUUAACACUCUCAUGAGGCCUUUUAAGUUUUGGGCAGGAAGCAAAGGGUCUGACAAGGCAGAGAGCAGAUCCACAGCGCCAGAGGAAAAAGCUGCAGAGAACCAGACUGAGGAAGUGGCAUUCAACAAAAAUCUAAGUGUUCCCAAACCCAUUGGAAACAAGGGCAGCAUGGACAAUGCCAUCGUAGAACACAGAGGUGGCACUUUUCCCCUCAGGGCUCCUAACACGGGACCACAGAGUUCAGAAAAGGGGCUGUCAGAGCGGGAAGAAGAGCUGGUGCCUCUCAUUAAACUGGUGCCGUCAGUCCAAAACGGAGAGCAAAUCGCCAGCAGCGCUCAACCUGCAAGAGGAGGAAGCAGCUCCGUUCAUGGCGACGUGGAAUCUACUACGAAUGAAUUUCUUCCUUCGGAACCUAUUGAAAUUCCUCCACCUACUGAACACAGCAAAAGAUCUGGUCUUCAGGGUUCCAGUCAAGGCAACGUCCUCGCUUCUGUCUCCAGUGCUCAAUUCCAAUGUGGCCUUACGUCAGUGACUGUCCCCAAACCAAGAAUCCCAGGAAAUGUGGCCUAUUUGGAUGAGCAAGAAUCUUGGGGGCCAAAAGAAGCUAAAGCAGGACCUCUGGAGUUGAUGACAUUGCACACCUCCCUUCUCCAAGAGGACUUGGAGAACUAUUCUGGUGAAGGCAAAGAUCAGGAUCCAGAGGGUGCACAUACUUUGUCUGGCAAAGUCAGGGCUGUUUCAGGAGAGGAUAAAGACAUGGAAGGUAGUGGAAAUGGGAACAGUUUUCUGACUGACUUUGAAAUGAAAGUCAACACGUUGACUAGCAGUGGUGCCAAAUUAGGUCCUACACCCAAAGCUUCACCCAAACUAGGCAGUUUUGUUACUCUGAGUGAGUACACGACUCUGUCUCAGUGGCUGCUAGUUAAUCAACCCACCACCUCACCUCAGGGCACCAUGGAGUCAGUCAAAGCUCUGGAUGCCGAGGGCGAUAUCUUUUAUGUCCACAGCCCAACUACUACGUUAUCUUUGCCAUCCUCUUCGCAAACACAAGAUGAGAGUAAAGAAAAGGGGGCGGCUACCACGACUAAAGCCCUGCUGGAGAGCCUGACGACCUCUGAAGUCACCUCGGUGGAGACCUUGGCCAAAGAGCCACAAAAAGCAGAUGCUAUUACCACAGUCGCUACCAUAGAAAAUACUUCAGACACCUCUUAUACAGGGGAACCGUCUAUAUCUAUUUCAUGGGUCCAGAAAGAGCAGGAUAAGAUUAGCGUACCUGACCAACAAAGUCAUCCCUUGGUGACUAUGAGGCCUACUAAAGGAUCUGAAACUGGAGUCACCAAUGCCUUCAAAUCUGAGACUGGCCUUACAGAAAUGGAAUCCAGAUCUGCAGUUACUGAAAUCUUUGUUGUGGGAAAUGAUCAGACACCUUCCAAAGAGUUACAACAAGAAGAGCUCCGAACCCCAGAGACUAUCAGCAAUAAAGAUACUACCAAUGCGUCUGGAGGUCUUGAUCCAGACUGGGCAUUCGGCCUCUUUCCAUCAGUGGAUAGUAACCCAUGCCAGACCAGCCCUUGUCUCCAUGGCGGGAGCUGCCUGCAGGAAGGUGACAGCUAUAGCUGCUACUGUCCUCAGGGCUACACUGGAGAGAACUGCGAGAUUGAUAUUGACGACUGCCAGUCUAACCCUUGCCAGAACGGCGGAACCUGCAUCGAUGAAAUCAACUCCUUUGUGUGUCUUUGUCUGCCCAGCUACGGUGGAGCUACGUGUGAAAAAGACAUUGAGGGCUGUGAGCGCUCAUGGAGAAAGUUCCACGGCCACUGCUACAGGUACUUCAGCCGCAGACACACCUGGGAGGAUGCAGAGAAGGACUGCAGGGAGCACAGCGGUCACCUGGCCAGCAUCCACAGUGCAGCAGAGCAGAACUUCAUCAGAGGUCUGAGCCAUGAUAACACCUGGAUUGGACUGAACGAUCGUACAGUGGAGGACGACUUUCAGUGGACAGAUAAGACAGACCUGCAAUAUGAAAACUGGCGGGAAAACCAGCCUGACAACUUCUUCGCUGGAGGAGAGGAUUGUGUGGUAAUGAUCGCUCAUGAAAGCGGCAAAUGGAACGACGUGCCCUGCAACUACAAUCUGCCCUACGUCUGCAAGAAGGGAACAGUUUUCUGUGGAACCCCUCCCAGUGUGGAUAAUGCCUUCCUAAUUGGUCGGAAGCGUUCCCACUAUGACGUCCACUCCAUAGUUCGUUACCAGUGCGCCGACGGCUUCCUGCAGCGCCACGUGCCCACUGCCAAGUGUCGUGCCAAUGGCAAGUGGGACCGACCCAAAAUCAUCUGCAUAAGAUCUCGGCGAGCCCACCGUUACCGGCGCCAUCACCACAAGGUGAGGAGGGAGCGCAGGAAGCAUAAGAGGCACGGCCAUAGAGAAGGGGGGCACCACGGAGGCCAGCUCAGACAGGGCCACAGCCACGCCCACUUCUGAACCAAAAAGAUUGCCGCCCACUUUCCUUUUCUUCUCUGCUGCAUACUGCAGCUUGCCUGUCUCCCUGCUGUCCUCAUUUCCCUCAAUACCACUUCACAACUCUCAACCUAUGUACCCCCCCUCUCUGUUCUGCCCUCAGCCCCCCAUCUCCUGGCGCCUAGGCAACCUGCUUAUUAGUCCCCUCUGAGGCUGCCAAAGGGCUGCCAGGUGUUGCCAGGACUAACAAACCCAUUGAUAUCCCUUUUCUUUCUUUCAAUUUUGGGCUGCAGCUCUCCUGUCUUUCCUCUACCCUCUCAAAUGACACUCUUACUCUCCCUUGGAGCUCAGCCCUUGGCCUGUGUUGACCUGUUUUUGAAGAACAAACGAUAUUUGAUUUGAUCCCAGACUUUCUUUGGUGAGAGGUGGUUCAGUAUGAACUGUAAAUAGGGAUGACAUAACUGAAAAUGCCAUAUCAAAGUCAAUGGAGACAUAGUGGUUUUUACUUGAGCCUUGUGUCUAUUUUUUACAAAUGCUCUGUUUAUCUCCUGAAUCUGCUGCUCUUUGUUUUUGCCCUUUGGAAGACACUGAUACAGACUUGUGGCACCGCCGCUGCUGCGUCACUCUGACACGGAUUUAACUUUUUGAACUAGAAGCAGUUGUGAUUCAAUUAUUUGAUGGUUAGCGUCGUAUUUUCUUGUUGGUGUGAGACAGUUGCUUUAGAUCAGAUGAUGAACCCCCAGAGGAAAAAUGGAUAAUUCCUCCAAUCUCCUGUUCAGGACCAUCACAUAUCAGUAGCUACUUAGAAGACAUGAACCACCUGAAACAGCUGAAGCUGUGUCAAACACCCCCACAUGUCACUGCCAGGGUUAAUCUGGAAACUGGAUGUUGAUUGUCUCAACUCAGCUUAGACGUCCAGCAUUUUUUUCUGUUGUCAUAAUUCCUCUUGUUUUGGGUCUCUACAUUAAUAAAGAUGAUCGAUUCCUCUGACUUUGCAGUGCAGCUGCUUUUGACAGAGUUUUCCACUGUGAGCUAUUUAGUAUAAGAAUGUUGUCACCUCUUCAGUCAGAUUAUUGGACUUUGAGAUUUAAAAGCAUCAAAGUACACAGAAAGUUCUCUCCAGAAGCACUGAGGUAAGUAGGGGUUCACAUACAUCAUUCAUUAUGGCAGGAGUUUUAUUCUUAUGUCUUAAUAAGUUUGAAAAAUACUGUAGUUUCUAACUACUGCAUGUUUUUUCAGUCCCAAAAGACAAGGCG